UUAUUGACUCACUGGUACGCUUGUCAUCGUGAGAAUUUAAUAAUAUCACACUCCGACGAAGGAGUCACCCCUACAUAAAGAAACAAGCUAUUUUCAUCUACUGCACUCUUACAGAACCUUCAUCAGGACGUGGGUAUGGAUAGGACGUGGCUGACACCGGCUUCUUGUGGAGUUAUCCUACCUGGACCGUAUGAAAUGGACUUCUGUUUAUUCUGACAAAUUUAUGGAUUUGUAAUCAUCGUUAUCUGACUCCUUAUAAUAACUUUUAAUUGGAAUUAUUGCGACAUGGCAAGGAUUUCUUUCAUAUCAGGAUUUUUGCUAGUACUGGCAUCUAUUCUCUCAAAAGGUACUUUGUCCUCUGGCGCAGCGAUCAAGUCCGAGGCGCUACUGGAGGUCCCCCAGGCGAGUUCAGAAGAGGAGCCGAGAGGUGCCUUUGCUCUUGAAGGACGCAUCGUGUGGCCACUGUCCACCCCGAACCCUAAAACAAGAUCGAAACGCUGCACAUGUUACUCCUACAAAGAUAAGGAGUGCGUCUAUUACUGCCAUCUGGAUAUCAUCUGGAUUAACACUCCUGAACGUACAGUGCCCUAUGGGAUGUCCAGCUACCGAGGACAUCAGCGAAUCAGGCGUACCGCUGAUAGUUUGCCCUCUGACCCUGAAGAAGUGGAAUAUCUGCGUUGUGUUUGUGCCAAUCCAAGGGUUGACCGUCAUUGCAGUGACUUCUGCCAAUCCAGCAGUUCCCCACAGAGAGCACCAAACAGGACUACUUCCAGGGGCCAAUGAGUUGAAUGAUCUCUUCGCCUUCAUUCGUCUUCACCUCAUCCACCCUCCCAUCCCCUCCACCCUCCCACCCCCUCCACCCUCCACCCUCUUCUCCUGCUCUGUCCCUGGGUGCAAGCUGCUCUUCAUGAACAGAACUUUCAAGGGGAGAAACAGAUUUUUAGUUUCCUGGAACCCCAUUCAGUACCAUCUGGUUGAAUGGUUACAUCAUUCACAAGUACAACAUUGUAGGCAACUCGCACAGGCAAAUUGAAUCAAAACAUGGAGACCAAUGACCUAGCUCUAAAUUAGCUUAAUCACUUAAUUAUAUAUUCACUGGUGAGAGUUUUUGUGAGCACUAUUGUUUUACCUGAAUGAACUGUUGCUAAACCACAGGGAAGGGCUUUUUCUGUUAACCAAAACCCAAUCAAAACAUUCUGGAAAAUCAAGGAUGCAGAGACGUAUAAUUCAGCUCUUAAACUCUAACUUAAGGACAGGUGACAGUCAGUCCUUUACUCAGUUUCCUGGCAGAUUACAUUUUCCUGUAAUUUGACAAAAUGACACAAGGACAUGGGGAAAUGGACCUCAAGCUAAUUUUUUGAACACUUCAAAGCAUCCAAAACGGUGGAUAAAAUAUAUCUACAGUACAGCUAUAUAUCUGCAGUAUAUCAAUGACCUGCGAAGGAAUAAGAUUUUUUUAUGUUCAAUUAUUUGUUAUGCAUUUUUACAGACAUUUGUAUUGAUAUUGAGCAGCAUGUGUUAUAAGUUUAAAAAGGGAUAUGUAUGUGAAAUGGCAAUGUACAGUAUAUCCAUUUUGAAUGGUCCAAUAUGUCAAUUUGCGAUAUAAAAUAAGGUAACCACAAUAUUUAUAUUCAUAUCCAGAGGAAAUUCCCUUAUAAUUUACUGUAGUAGUAUUUGCAGAUUUUUGUUUUUUGUUGCUGAGUAUGUUGGACUGGUCUUCCUGUUUCAGAUGACUGAUGAUGAUUAUAUUGGCAAAUCCAGGAGAACUUGGCCACAUCUACAAGUUGCAUGUUAAAUGAUACACGUUAGGAAGUUAUACUUGUCUGAGUAACUUGAGAGUGAAACCCUUAAAACACCUUGCUUAAGUUGCUAACCUCAAAAACAGAACUGAAGUGGUCUAUACCUCCCUUUUUCAAUGUGACAUAAACCAUGUUAAUCUACUUUGCAUUACUAUGUUGACAUAUUCCACAUGCCUUUCCAAGAUUGUAUUUCCUCAUGUUGUAUGUUACCGUUUUAGACUAUAAAGUUCUGAAUUUACAGAC